AUGCCUAUUGACUUUGUACGCUUAAAUGACUUGCGCACCGUCAAAUACGAGGAAGAAUACUGUACAUAUGCAGAAUACAUUGGGUCUGUGUCUCUGACGGUCAAGGACAAAAUGCUGUAUGAAAUGGCGUCUAUGCAUGCAAAUAACAUGCUGUGCAACCAGAAAGCCAAGGAGUUUAUGCAAAAAUGCAGCCUGGAUAACAUCAAGUGCUUUGCUGCAAUCUAUGGGUACGACGAGAGAUUGUGCAAGGCUGAUGCAAUCAGAAUAUUGAGAAGUAGAUACGAUACAGCAGAUAUGUAUGGCAAGGCCGCUGUGUUCCAGUGCAUCAGAAGACUCGCCUUCCAUCUUGAGUUUGGGCUUGUCAAGCAGAUAUGCAACGAGGAAUGUCUGAGCAUGAUUAUUGGAGAAUAUGCAUUCAAGAAUGGGAUUGAGGCUGACUUUAUUGACAGUGUCCGUGGAUUUGAGCCAUAUGUGUUUUUGGGAUAUACACAGCUUAACGGACUAUUGCUAGACACUUUUGAGCCGUGCUUUGCAAGGCUGAUAGGAAGGUGUGCUGAGAUACUUGAUGUUCUUGACUACUCAAACGAUCGAGUUGUUGAUGCAGUCAUGCGCAUACCUGGCAAGAAUGAAGCAUUUGUUUACAUAAUGGGUAAUGGGCUUGUUCAACGAGGGAUGCUGGUUGGCAUUGCAUGCAGGCUUGAGAUUGAUUGCACAGUGCUUGCUUGCAACGGGUUUUUUGAUAAUGUAAUGCAUGAAGACGGGGUGGAGUUUUUGAGAACAAGAUCGGCCAGUGAUGCAAUCAAGGUUGGAAUGGAGAGAUGCAGGAGUGAGAAGGUGUGCAGGAUGGUCUGUCAUGCAAUGAAAGGCAGGGAAUGCGAGUUUAUGUCACACAAGAAUGUGGUUGAUCUGCUGCUUGUGAUGGUGUAUCAUGACUGCAGGGUUGUGUUUGGAGACGAGUUGCAGCGAUUGCAGGAAUGUGCUGAGAAGCAGUUUUUGAUGUUGAGAGAAAGGCAGGCAGAUUGGAGAUGCAGUGUUGAUGUUGACAGAGCAACGGGCGAACUAAGAUUGGCAGGUGCAGAAAGAGGAGUGGCAAGAGAAGAUGUGGAAUGCACAUGCACAGAGAGCCAGAAUGAUCAGUGCAUAUGCAAUAGUGUACUUGGUGGAUUUGAAUUUCUGAAUAGGAAAAGCAUAAGCAAAAGGUGCAUGCAGCAGUAUAUUGACGAGAUAUGUAAAAGCGAUGGCACUGAGGAAUGCAUCGACAACCAAAGCUUCGUUAGAUAUGUGAGGAAAAGGCUCGGAUUUAGAUGCAUGGCUAAGAGUUGUGUGCAUCCGACGUUUGGGCAGAUUUUGCGUCUUCCAAAUGCAUAUUUCUGUGAUGCACUUGGGAUGUAUCUGAAUGUAUUUUUGAACCUGGUGCAGGAGUUCAACAAUGCGCUGGUUCCAUCGAGUCGGAAGAGAGACUCAGCAGUCAAGGCGAUUGUGAGUUCUGGAUAUAAGGAGCUGUUUGUAGAGUAUCUUGUUACGAAGGACCGGUACUUCCGGAUUGCAGUUGAUUUUGACAAGUGGUUUGACAAGAUGAGUGUGCAGUACAAGAGAAUGUAUGUGGAGGAUCAUUUGAGCGUGUUUGUGAAGCAUUUUGAACACGUCUUGGCGGUAUUUGGCGAAGAUGCAUGCUUGCUGAUGCCAGCUGUUGAUUCGUUGAGGAUUAUUGGGAUACCUGAUAAACAGAUACGCAACAUGAAAGAUAGAUUACAAGAGGCAAGGGGCAUAGACUUGAUGGAUAACAGUGCAAGCACGGAUGAAGCAGCGGAAGAAUGCAUUCAUGCAGAGAUGUGUGAUGGAGAUGAUGAAGAGAAGGAGAACACUGAGUUGGCAGGGAGUGUGUGUGGUAAGAUAGAUGGCAAAGAUACAAAUGAUUGCAGCAAUGGAUAUGAAAGUGCGAAGAGGAAAAAAGAAAGCAAUGUGUAUAAUGAUGAAGUCGAUGUGGAGACGAUUUCGUAUAGUGAUAUGAAUGGGCGAGUGGGAAUGGUCUGCAACGAAGUGAGCAUGAGGAUGGCGUCUGGAAAAGGGAUUGAAAGAGCAUCAAUGGUUACUGCUGCAUUGGUGGGCAAUGACGAUGUCAUGGAUAAGGUGGUUUCUGUUGUGUAUGAUGCAAAUCGAUGUGGAAGACGGUUUCUGAAUGUUGUUGAGUUUAUUGUGCGUGUUCUGGCAUGCAGCAAAAGAGAGCUUAGAAUAUUUCCGUGGAUUAAUAAAAUUGCAAAGAGGCAUGUUGAGGAGAGUGAAGGAUGCAUGGUGGUGUAUUUUGUUGCUAUGAAGGCACGAAUCGAGGAGAUAAAUGCGAUUGUUGAGGAAUACAGAGAUAGAGCAAUUGACUUAAUUUGUAGUGCACUAUGCAAUAGGAUUUCGAUGGCCAGAGAGUGCGUGAAUGGAUAUGUGAAGGUUGGCGAUGCAGUUGAGCAGCCAGUAGUCAAUAAGAAGGAUGAGGUGCGCAUUGAAACGAUGUUUGUGGGCGAGGAGAGUGGGUGGAGGCCUAGGAUGGAAGAUACUGUAAAUGCGCUUGUGCACUCUGAUAAGGAAUUUAAGCAAUAUGUUGGAUUGAGAUGUGCAUUAGCUCUUGGCAUUUGGAUUGAUGUGCACAAGCAUCUUGACUCUGGAAGCGAUAGAAUAGUUGAGACUGUGCUGAAGCAGCUAAGAAAGGAGGAUGUGACAAAGACGGUUAAUACGAAACUGAUGGAUAUUCUGUGCAGAAGAGGAAAGCUUGAUGCAGUAGGAAAGGAGUGUCUAAGGCUGGUGGAUGUGGAUGAUCUUGAUACAGAUGAUGCCGGCAGGAUCAACGACAUGUUUUUUGUUGAUCCGAUUGGGUAUCUUGAUAUUCUUCCGAGAAUGGUAGAAAGAGGAUAUGAACUGUCAAACAUGGUGUUUGUUGAGCUGAUAAAACAGUUGAAGAGAUGCAAUGUGGACAAGGUGACUACUGAUGCUAUGAAUGUGCUACGGAGCGCAAAAUACACAGAGGAGAUGGUUUUUGAGAGCAUCAUAUCGAUUGAGAGUGCAAGGCUUGACUCUAAGAUGUUUCUUAUAGAGAAGAUACUAGCAUCUGGAAUAGAAUUGAAUGUAUCGAUGUUUUUGAGACUAUGUGUGCAUAUUGGAAACGAAGACAACUACCAGGUUUUGGAAGGUUUGCUGAAUGUUCUAAGGGUAGGGGGAAUCAAAAGUAGCGAUAUUAUCAAUAAAUGGAAAGGUAAAAAGUCAUUGGAAAAGCUGAUGACCAGGAUAUACCCGUUGUGGAUGGAGGACGUGAAUUAUUACAAAGGGCUGUUGAAAAAGAUCAAGGAUGACACAAGCGAAAUAAGGUUUAUUGCUGGAUUCUAUAAGAACGAGCUUCGGGCACUGCAUAUGUGA